AGUGCGUUUGACACCUUUUGUGACAGCGAAAUUGGCGCCUCCCUUUGUUUACACCGUGUGUCUUGCGUGUUUCCAGAAGCGAUAAAUUUUUCUGGCUUCCCUCAGAAGUCCUGAAUAUAAUCCGUGAUUUGCAAUAUUCUGUUGUAAAGUCUGCAAUAAAACCUAGUGAAAAUGGAGAGCGAAGUGAUGUCUGUGGAUUCAUUGUUGAAAGAUUCCCAGUCGCCUGCGUCCAAGGAGAAGAAGAUAGAGCUGCUGAACAGGUCCUGGGUAGAUGUUAUGGAGGAAGAAGAGGCGGCAAGAACUCUUGCCAAGGAACAAGCAACAAGAGAGAGCCAGAACGAGAAAGCAACGGAGGAAACUGAGGAGCCAGAGAGCGCUGAGCGUCAAGAUGUUUACGAGGUUGUAGACGAAGUGGGAUACAAUCAGGAGGACUUUCUGGACAUUGAUGAGAACUCUAUGGAUUUGUCAGAUGACAAGAGAAAUAUCGAGAUUGAUUUCCUAGACCGGGAGAACGAGAAGAAGUUUGACAAAUUGGUGAAGGAAGAGAAAAUCAAGACACCCUUCAAGAGACGCUUUUCCGGAGAGUCUAUCCAGGAGGGUGGGACUGAAGCCACUGAGUCAAAGAGGAAGAAAGACACCACGCAUCGUGUUCGCUCGACUAGCAACAGUUCUGGCAGCACAAACAACUCUGGAAACACCAAAAUGAAGAGGGAAUACGAGAGUGAUCCGGAGAUUCUGAUGAGACGCCAGAAGCAGAUUGAUUUCGGGAAGAACACCAUCGGCUACGACAACUACAUCAAUCAAGUGCCAAAGGCCGAGAGAGCGUCCACAGAUCCCAACACUCCGCAGAAACGCUUCAAGUACAGCCGAAGAGCCUGGGAUGGACUGAUAAAGCAGUGGCGAAAGCAAUUGCACGCUUGGGAUACAAAUAAUGAUGAGGAGAAAGAGGCUGAAGCUGAUAUGGAGACAUGA